AUGGAAGCCAAACCAGGACCACCAGCUAUGGAACGAGUCGGGAGUCGUGGAAGCGUAUCCAGCUCGCCCUCUGGUCCUCCAAAGUUUGUCAUUGGAAUAUGUGCCAUGGACAGUAAAGCGAGAUCCAAACCCAUGCGCAACAUUUUAAACAUCUUGCUGCAAAAAGGAGAAUUCGAAAUGAUUGUCUUUGGUGAUAAAGUCAUUCUCGAUGAAGACGUUGAAAACUGGCCAUACUGUGACUUUCUCAUCUCCUUCUUCUCAACGGGCUUCCCACUCAACAAGGCAAUCGACUAUGUAAAGAAACGUAAACCAUACUGUGUGAACAACCUCCCCAUGCAACAACUCUUACUAGACAGACGUCUAGUCUUGAGCGUUCUCGACGCCAUCCACGUGCCAUCUCCACAACGCCUCACUGUAAACCGAGACAUACCCGCUGUAUCCAAGGACGUUAUUGAUCUAAUACGUAAAGUCACAGGCGCAGAUAUAUCUGCUAAUGCCUUCAAGUUCAAUGAGGCUGUUAAAGUCGAUGUGGAUACCAUAGAGGUUAAUGGUGUGAGAUUGACUAAACCGUUUGUGGAGAAGCCUGUAUCUGGUGAAGAUCAUAAUAUCUAUAUCUAUUAUCCGCAGUCUGCUGGUGGUGGUUGUAGGAGGCUGUUCAGGAAGAUCGGGAACAAGUCAAGUGAUUUUGAUUCAAACUUGACUGAUAUACGCCAGGAAGGAUCUUAUAUAUAUGAGAAAUUUGUCAGUGUCGACAAUGCUGAAGAUGUCAAGGUCUACACGAUUGGUGAUAGCUAUGUGCAUGCAGAGACUCGCAAGUCACCAGUAGUAGAUGGUGUCGUAAGCCGGACACCAGAAGGAAAAGAAAUCCGAUACAUCACCCCCCUCUCACCAGAAGAGCAAGACAUGGCUCGUCGAAUCACCAAAGCAUUCAGACAAUCGGUCUGUGGAUUCGACCUACUACGAGCCAACGGCAAAUCAUAUUGUAUAGAUGUCAAUGGAUGGUCGUUCGUCAAGGGCAAUCAGGUCUAUUACGAGAACUGUGCUAAUAUUAUGCGAAACUCGUUUUUCGAAGCUUCGAAACGACGACGUUUCGUACUAGAUCGGAAUAAUGGUGUCGAGUCUCAGUGGCAGUUGAAGGCUUCACUUACUGUUAUGAGACAUGGUGAUCGGACGCCAAAGCAGAAGAUGAAGUUCUCUUUCAAAAGCAAACCCUUUGUGGCGUUACUUAAUGGUGGCGACGAUGAAGUCGUCUUAAAGAAACCAGAACAAGUGAGACGAGUUCGAGACGCUUGCUAUGAAGCUAUAGAGCAGAACGCGGAAGAUCCCGUCGCUCUGGAACAGAUGAGAGGGGUACUGGAAGCUAAAGGUGACUUGCCAGAGACCAAGGUGCAAAUACGCCCAACAUACAACAAAUCAGACAAGACAAUCCUAGAUAAACUCCAGCUCAUUGUGAAAUGGGGAGGAGAAUUCACUCACGGAGGCCAACUACAAUCUCAGGACCUAGCCGAAAACUACCGCAAAGACCUCCUCAUUAUAAACCGCUCCCUCCUCGACGACGUAAAGAUGUACUCGUCCUCUGAGCGUCGAGUUCUCUCAACAGCCUCUAUCUUCUCGAAAGCCUUCCUUGCCUUAGAAUCCGAAUCAGCAAUCCCAGCAGACCUAAUUACCAUCUCCAAGGAAAUGCUGGACGACUCAAAUGCUGCCAAGGAGCAAAUGGACGCUGUAAAGCUACGAUUGCAAGCUAUCUUAAAUCGUCAAGAGGACUAUACGUUUGCUCCAUCACCUGCAUUAGACUCGUCACGAGAUACGAGUGCGGGUGUAAACAGGAAUUAUGAUUUCUUUGGACCGCCGAGAGCGUUGGGUGAUCCUGCAGAUUUGGUGGAUGAGGUUAUCGAGUUGAUGGGAAAGCUCAGGGUGAUUAUGAAUGAUAAUUAUAAGGAAAAGGAUGUGGCGGGUAUUGCAUCCAAGUGGUGUUGUUUUGAGAAUCCUACUUUGUUCAAGGAACGCUGGGAGCGUCUUUUCCGAGACUUUUGUGAUGUGCAGAGACUGUCGUUUGAUCCGUCCAAGGUCUCGGAACUGUACGAUUCCCUCAAAUAUGACCUGCUGCAUAAUUUGACGUUCUGUGAUGGCAUAUUCACAUCCGAGGCUGACGGCCGAGAAGUCUUACGAGCCCUGUAUGCCAAGUCUAAAGUCUUGUUUGACUUUGUUGGACCUCAAGAGUAUGGUAUUGGGGCACGCGAAAAGCUGGAGAUUGGAAACCUCCAUUCGCACGACCUUCUACGCCAACUACGAGAUGACUUGCAAGCUGCAAGUUCAUCAACGAGUCCAUUAACUCGGAUCUACUUCACCAAGGAAUCGAAAGUCAUCACGUUGCUAAAUAUCGUGUUGCUGUGUGGACUGCCUACAAAGAUGACUGGCUUUGAGGUUGAUAACGAAUUGGAUUAUUUAACGCAAAUCACGUUCGAACUUUACGAAAGUGUACGAGGAAAUGGCAGUGAGGACUUUGAUUCACGAGAGCACUCAUUGAGAAUUGGAUUCAGUCAAGGUGCUCAUGAUCCAAACCUGGUGGAUUUGAGAUUGGAUGAUCGGCAUUCAAUUACUAUUCCUUUCCGAUCACAUUGGACUAGAUGA